AAACUCCAAAAACCCUUUUUGUUUUUUCCCCACCCUUCCGUUCUUGGUUUUUCUUCUACUUAUAAGUUAUAUCCCCACACCCCAAUCAACCCACCACCCAAGCCUCCCAUUCCCAUCUCUCCCCAUUUUCCAUUUUUCUUUUGGGCUUUUUUGGCUUUGAAUUCCUUUAUUUUUCCCACUUCCCACAAGCUCUCCCUCUCUCUCUCCCACUGCUUUCUCUAUUUUUUCUAUCAAACAAUCCAAGCCCAUCUCCCUUGGAUUGAAAGAGAUGUGCUUGUUUCUUCAUCUUUGGUGUUAAUCUUUUUGCUUUUGUUGGAACUUUUUGUUUUUGAGGAAGGGAGAGAAUGAAGGAGUUUUGGUCGUCUCUUGCGUCCCUUCUGGGGGUGCUGGCCUUCUGCCAGAGCAUCCUCCACGCCGUGUUCCCGCCGGAGCUCCGGUUUGCAGCGCUGAAGCUCUUCAAACGCCUCUUCAACUGCUCCUCCUACUGUUACUUCGAUAUCACUGAAAUCGAUGGCGUCAACACCAACGAGCUCUACAACGCUGUCCAGCUCUACCUGAGCUCCUCCGCCUCCAUCACCGGCAGCAGGCUGAGCCUCACCCGGGCCUUGAAUUCCUCGUCCACCACCUUCGGCCUCUCCAACAACGACUCCCUAGUGGACACCUUCAACGGGGUCUCCGUCCUCUGGGAGCACGUCGUGACGCAGCGGCAGUCACAGACCUUCUCGUGGCGGCCGCUGCCGGAGGAGAAGCGGGGGUUCACUCUGCGAAUCAAGAAGGGGGACAAGCACCUCAUCCUCAACUCCUACCUCGACUACAUCACUGAGAAGGCCAACGAUAUCAGGAGAAAAAACCAGGAGAGGUUCCUGUACACCAACUCCCGCGGCGGAUCUCUGGAUUCCAGGGGCCACCCGUGGGAGUCGGUGCCGUUCAAGCAUCCGAGCACGUUCGACACCUUGGCUAUGGAUCCCACCACAAAAAAGGAGAUCAUGGACGAUCUCAGAGACUUUUCAAACGGCCAGACAUUCUACCAGAAGACCGGCCGCGCCUGGAAGAGAGGUUACCUCCUGUACGGACCUCCCGGCACCGAAUCCAGUAUGAUCGCCGCCAUGGCCAAUUUUCUCGGCUACGACGUGUACGAUCUGGAAUUGACGGAGGUGCACACCAAUUCCGAGCUGCGGAAGCUCCUGAUGAAAACCAGUUCCAAAUCCAUAAUCGUGAUCGAGGACAUCGACUGCUCCAUCAACCUCGGCAACAGGAAGAAGAGCAAUUCGGGCGGGAGGCAGGGCUACGACGGCACCCCCCAUGAAAUGCGCGGUGGAGGCGGCGCCGGCGCCGGCGAGGAUGGUGUGAACUCGAUCACGCUCUCCGGCCUCCUGAACUUCACUGAUGGACUGUGGUCGUGCUGCGGGAGCGAGAGGAUUUUCGUGUUCACCACCAACCACAUUGAGAAGCUCGACCCGGCAUUGCUCCGGAGCGGCCGGAUGGACAUGCACAUAUUCAUGAGCUACUGCACCUUCCCGGCAUUGAAGAUUCUGCUCCAGAAUUACCUGGGGUUCAGCGAACCCGACAUGGGGUUGCAGAUAAUGGAGGAGAUAGAAGCAGUAAUAGACAAAGCCCAGAUGACUCCGGCGGAUAUCAGUGAACUGCUGAUAAAGAACCGGCGGCACAAAGACAAAGCCUUGAGCGAGCUGCUGGAGGCAUUGAGGAACAUGGCGGAGAGGCGGAAGAAGGAGAAUUGGAGGAGUGCAAGGGAGAAGAAUUCAACAGAAGUGGAAGAGGAAGAGCAGGAGAAGAGGGCUCUGGAGAAUCCCAAACAAGGGUGUGAUGAGGAGUUUGAGGAAAGCUGCAAGAAAGAAGAAGAUGAUGAUGAAGAGAAGCUAAACUGAUAAUCUGAUAAUAUCCAUAUCGAUUGGUACUUAAUUUUUUUUCCUUUCUUUUUUUGGGUUUAUGGGUCUUUGGUUUAAUUUAUUUUUGGUGAAGAGAGAGAGAGAGAUAGAGAUGAGAGAACACAGACAGACAUACUGCUGUUUGGAGUACCAAAUCCCAAAGCUUUGCUGGUGAAAAAAAUGAACUUUUUUUUUAAAGCGAUACACUUUUCUCAUUUCAUUUUAUUAUGUGAGGGUAUAUGUAUAUGAUAUCUAUGUUGGGUUUUGGUUCAAUAAUAAAAUUAAUACCAUAUGAUGAUA